GACUGUCGCAGUUUGAAUAGAACGGUCGAAGACGGUGGCAUCAUAAUUAGGUCCAAUUUGUUACAUCUGCAGCGCGGCUUUCGCUCUCAGAAUUCUGUUGUGAUUAUCGGAAAGAUUUUAUUUGUUUAUCUAGUUGGAAGCGUUACGUUGGAGAGGACUGCGGAGAGCUCGCAUGCGCGUAUCCGUGUCCUUGAAACCUCUGGCUUUCUAAAAGGAAUUAGUCAUUUUCUGUUGUCAGUUGAACAAAAUUCGUGGCGAAAGCAGGUCGAGAUAAACUAAUACAAAAAAAGAAACAACACUAAUAUCCAUAUAUAAAUAAACAAUUAGAACAGUAGCUUAAAAAAAUGAGUUAUCCUCCGUAUCAACAGGGCGGUAGUCAACCCCCGUACCCGCAGCCAUACGGAGGAGGAAUGCCACAGCCCCAAUCCUCUCCUUAUCCUGGCGCGCCGGGCGGCGUCUUUCCGCCCAGCCUCGGAUUUCCCAUGAACUCGCCAAUGUACAUGCCGCAACCGUUCCCGUCUGCAGCUCCUGGUGGCGGCUAUCCUCCGGCACCAGGUGGUGGCGGAUAUCCAUCGGCAACUGCACCGCCACCUGGAGGAUCUCCUUAUCCUCCGGCCUCCGGAGGAUCGGCGUAUCCUCCUCCAGGUGGUGUUUCCGUAUAUCCCCCAGCCACCGGAGGAUCAUCUUAUCCUCCGCCCAACGGCGGCUCUUCCUAUCCUCCACCAGCUGGUGCUUCUGCAUAUCCUCCGCCCAACGGCGGCUCUUCCUAUCCUCCACCAGCUGGUGCUUCUGGAUAUCCUCCAGCAUCUGGUGCUUCUGGAUAUCCUCCAGCAUCUGGAGGUUCUGGAUAUCCUCCACCAGUUGGUGGCUCGUCCUAUCCACCCGCAAGUGGAGCCGGUUACGGUUCCGCUCCACCUCCCGAUGACGCUGGUUACGGCUCUGCUCCACCACCAAGUGGAACUGGCUACGGCUCAGACGCACCAUCCUACAAUCCCUCAAAUACAAUAGCAUUAGCUCCAAAGUACACCCCGACGGUGCGUCCAGCGAAUCCUUUCGAUCCUCGCGCCGAUGCGGAGAUCUUGAGGAAAGCCAUGAAGGGUUUCGGCACCGACGAGAAGGCCAUCAUCCACGUCCUCUCAAAAAGGACGAACGCGCAACGCUUGAACAUCGCCGUACAAUUCAAAACGCUUUAUGGAAAGGAUUUGGUGAAAGACCUGAAGAGCGAAACCAGCGGUAAAUUCGAGAAAACCCUUGUGGCCUUGAUGACUCCUCUUCCGGAAUACUACGCUAAGGAGUUGCACGACGCCAUCAGCGGAAUCGGCACCGACGAGGAGGUGCUAAUUGAGGUACUCUGCACGAUGACGAACAACGAGAUUCGAACAAUUCGCGCCGCAUACCAAAGUCUGUAUUUCAGAUCGCUGGAGGAGGAUCUGAAGGGAGAUACUUCGGGUACAUUCAAGCGCCUGAUGGUAUCGCUGUGCAACGCCGGCAGAGACGAAAGCAUGCAGGUCAACAGGGACAGCGCAACCGCUGACGCUCAAGCACUUCUUCGUGCUGGUGAAUUGAGGAUGGGAACGGACGAAUCCACGUUCAACAUGGUCCUGUGCCAAAGAAACUACGAACAAUUGAAGCUGGUCUUCGAGGAGUACCAUCGCAUCACCGGUCACGACAUCGAGAAGGCCAUCAAGAACGAAUUCUCCGGGGACUCCGAGGAUUGUCUUUUGGCUAUCAUCAGGUCGGUCCGUAACCGUCCAGCGUUCUUCGCCAAGAAAUUGCACAAGAGCAUGGACGGUUUGGGCACCAAUGACAGCCAACUGAUAAGACUCGUUGUGACCCGUUCGGAGGUCGAUAUGGAGGACAUCAAGACCAAUUACCAGGCGCAAUACGGGAACACGCUGAAGCAAGACAUCGAGGGCGAUUGCUCCGGUCACUACAAGAAAUGCUUACUGGGAUUGAUUGGAGAAUAUUAAAGUUCAAACAAAACACAUUUAUAUUUUUAUAUUGUGCUAAUUAAUCACUACUAUGCGUCUAUAUCUAUGUUCAUUCAAAUUAUGCUAAAUGUGUGUAUGUGGGUUUGGUAUUUUCAUAGUUGCAUAACGUUCAACUAUCGCUUAUCUUGCGUUGAAAUGCAAUGGAUAAACCGUUAAGUGAACGUUAAGGUGAUCAUGAAAAUAUCAACUAGUUAGUGCAGAACAUGUUUAUUCGACUUCCAUGCAAAAAAAAA